AUGACAUCGAUGCAGGCUAAUCCGGAAAUGGCAGGACAAGGGCAGCUGCCUGGGAGUCUUACCAGGGAGCGCGUCCAGCAGAUCUACCAGCAAUACCAGCAGAUGAAGGCGCAGGGUGUCCCCGAGACCAAUCCUGAUCUGAUCAAACUGCGCAACACCCUCGCGAUGGUCCAGAAGCAGAACCAGUACAUUCAAAAACAGCGGAUUCUUCAGCAACAGCAGCAACAGCAGCUGAUGCAGCAGCACCAGCGACAGCAGAGCCUGCCAGACCAGCAAACCCCACAACAGAACGGCUCCGUAAUGGGCAUGUCCAACGGGUCUGUGACAAGCGAUGGCAACAUCGCGACGCCCGCGCUGGCUUCGAAUGGCCCGCUAGCUGGCGCGCAAACUGCGACAACAGGGGGUCAGUCUCUCUCUGGUGACAGCCAAACGUCGACGUCGACUUCCAGCAGCGCCAAGGUCUUGAACGAUAAGCAGAUGCAGAUUUUCCGCGCACAGAUCGGGGCGUUCAAGCAGCUGUCCAAGGGACUCCCGCUGCCUGCUCCUAUUCAACAACAGAUCUACGGUCACCACCAGAAGAAGCCGCAGGAUGCUGUUGAGGCGGUCGUUGUGGCUUCACAGGUUCUCGACAAUGCUACACGCGCUGUGAGCACCUCGAGCGCAAAUGCCGCUGCAGUGCAAGAAAACAGGAGUCUCCCUCGUCUCCCGGAUACGUUCAUCGAGCCAUGGAGCAGCGAAGCCUUCCGCGACGUCAACUACAUUUCUCACGCUCAGCGAAAGAAUCGGCCAUACCUUGCGACAAUCAUGCCACAGGGUGUGGACAUGCAUGGUGUGCAACAAGGCAUGCAGGAGCUGCGCAAGGAACGGGAGAUCAUCCUGUACAACCGGCUCACAGCGAGGAAGGCUGAGCUCGAGAACCUCAAUGCGAAUGUUGGUUCCUGGGACACCAGUAAAACCGACACGCCUGAGGACGACGGCAAAGUCAAGCUGGCCUUGGUGAUUGAACAGAAAAAACUCAACCUCUUGGAGAAGCAGCGGAAGUUGCGGAGAGAGAUUGCGCAGCAGAUGAUCCAUGCCGAUAACCUCGCCAUGACCGCCAACAGGACCAUCUACCGACGUCUCAAGAAACAAUCCAUGCGUGAAGCUCGCCUUACAGAAAAGCUCGAGAAGCAGCAGCGCGAUGCACGCGAGACAAAGGAAAAGAAGAAGUACCACGAGUUCAUCGACGCUAUCCGAAAGCACCGAACCGAAUUGAACGAAGCUGGUAUGGCGCAGCGACAGCGCCUGCAAAAGCUCGGCCGUACUAUGAUCACUACGCAUCAGAACAUCGAGAAGGAAGAGCAGAAGCGUGUGGAGCGUACUGCCAAGCAACGUCUGCAAGCUUUGAAGGCCAACGACGAGGAGACGUACCUCAAGCUUUUGGGUCAGGCCAAGGACACACGUAUCACGCAUUUGCUCAAGCAGACCAAUGGUUUCUUGAAGCAGCUCGCCGACUCCGUCAAGGCACAACAGCGAAACCACUCCAACCGCUACGAGCUCAACAACGCAGAGGAAGAGCCCAGCGAAGAUUCCGACGAUGGUGGGUCAGAGGACGGGGACCGACCUGGCAAGAAGCGCACCGACUACUACGAGAUUGCUCAUCGCGUCAAGGAAGAAGUCACGCAGCAGGCUUCGAAUUUGGUGGGUGGCACACUGAAGGAGUACCAGCUGAAGGGUCUGCAGUGGAUGAUAUCCCUGUACAACAACAACCUCAAUGGUAUUCUUGCCGACGAGAUGGGUCUUGGCAAGACUAUCCAGACCAUCAGUUUGAUUACCUACCUCAUCGAAAAGAAGCGUCAACCCGGUCCAUUCUUGGUCAUAGUUCCACUGAGUACACUCACCAACUGGAACAAUGAGUUUGACAAGUGGGCGCCCAGCGUCACCAAAAUCGUCUACAAGGGACCCCCCAACGCCCGUAAACAGUUCCAGCAACAGAUCCGAUGGGGUCAGUUCCAGGUUCUGCUAACCACAUACGAGUUCAUCAUCAAGGACAGGCCCGUCUUGAGCAAAAUCAAAUGGGUUCACAUGAUCGUCGACGAGGGACAUCGUAUGAAGAACGCCAACUCCAAGCUCAGCAGCACAAUCACACAAUACUACUCGACACGGUUCCGUCUGAUUCUCACCGGAACACCACUCCAGAACAAUCUGACGGAGCUGUGGGCUAUGCUGAACUUUGUCCUCCCAACUAUCUUCAAGUCUGCUACAUCGUUUGAUGAAUGGUUCAAUACUCCAUUCGCAAACACCGGAACCCAAGACAAGAUGGAGCUUACCGAAGAAGAGCAGCUUCUUGUCAUUCGUCGACUUCAUAAGGUGCUUAGGCCCUUCCUCCUGCGCCGUCUGAAGAAGGAUGUCGAGAAGGAUCUUCCCGACAAGACAGAGCGUGUCAUCAAGUGCAACUUCUCCACUCUACAGGCGAAACUGUACAAGCAGCUUGUCACACAUAACAGGCUCAUGGUCAGCGACGGCAAGGGUGGCAAGACGGGUAUGCGAGGUUUGAGCAACAUGCUGAUGCAGUUGCGAAAACUCUGCAAUCAUCCCUUUGUCUUUGAUGAAGUGGAAGAUGUGAUGAAUCCGGGUAAAGGCACCAACGAUCUCUUAUGGCGCGCAUCAGGCAAGUUUGAGCUGCUGGACAGGAUCUUGCCCAAGUUUCAGGCCACCGGUCAUCGUGUGCUCAUGUUCUUCCAAAUGACACAAAUCAUGAACAUCAUGGAGGAUUAUCUCCGUCUACGAGGCAUGAUGUACAUGCGUCUGGACGGUGCAACCAAAGCGGAUGAUCGCUCAGAUCUACUCACGAAGUUCAACGCCCCGAAUUCGCCAUACUUUUGCUUCUUGCUGUCUACCCGUGCUGGUGGUCUUGGUCUCAAUCUGCAGACUGCUGAUACAGUCAUCAUCUACGAUUCGGAUUGGAAUCCCCAUCAAGAUUUGCAGGCCCAGGAUCGUGCUCAUCGUAUUGGUCAGAAGAAUGAAGUGCGCAUUCUCCGUCUUAUCACCUCCAACUCAGUGGAGGAGAAGAUUCUCGAGCGUGCUAAUUAUAAGCUCGAUAUGGACGGCAAAGUCAUUCAAGCUGGUAAAUUCGAUAACAAGUCGACUAACGAGGAGCGAGACGCUAUGCUUCGAGUCAUGUUGGAGUCGGCCGAAGCUGCAGAGAACCUUGAGCAGGAAGAGAUGGACGACGAUGAUCUGAACAUGAUCAUGAUGCGAAACGAUGACGAGUUCAAGCUCUUCCAAGAGAUGGACCGAGAUCGUCUUGCAAACGAUCCGUAUGGCCCUGGAAAGCAGCUGCAGCGCUUGAUCGGCGAGAGCGAAUUGCCUGACAUCUACCUGAACGAGGACGUUCCUCUAGUCGAAGAGAAGGAGGAUACGCCUGUCGGCCGUGGUGCCCGUGAGCGAACUCGCGUCAAGUAUGACGACGGUCUCACCGAAGAGCAGUGGCUGGAGGCCGUAGACAACGACGAAGACACAAUUGAAGCAGCCAUCGCGCGCAAAGAAGCUAAGGUCGAGAAGCGCGGCCGCAACAAAGUCUCAAGACUAGGCCCCGACGACGGUCCCUCACCAGUGCCUUCGCGAGAGAGCUCAGAAGAGCCAGUCCCCAAGCGGCGCGGCCGCAAGCCCAAAGCCGAGAAGCGUAAAGCUGACGAAGCCUCCCUUGACGGCGACGUCGCGCCACGCAAGCGCGGCCGCCCGGGCCCCUCAAAAGACGUACUCAGCCCCGACCAGCGCGCCUCCCUCCAGAAGAUCGUCAACACGGUCUACGAAGCGCUCAACGACCUCGAAGAAGAAUCCCUCACCGACCCAGACCUGCCCAACCGCGGUAUCAUCGACCCCUUCAUCGAACUCCCCGAUAAAUGGGACUACCCGAGCUACUACCAGCUCAUCAAAAACCCCAUCUGCAUGAACCAGAUCAAGAAGAAAAUCAACAAGAAGGAGUACAACUCGCUCCGCCCGUUCCGCCAGGACAUUGGCCUGCUGUGCAAUAAUUGCCGCACGUUCAAUGAGGAUACGAGCUUGUUGUUCCAGGACGCUAAUCUUAUCGAGAGCACGGCGGUGGAUAAGCUGAGGGAGGCGACUAUGGAGUUCCCUGAGUGGAUGGACUUUGACGAUGCGGCGAGUGCGAAUGGCGGGUUCAGCACCGCGGCUACGAGCGCGGUCGGCACGCCUAGGGGCGGCAUGUGA